GACAGAGUACCGAUUGGUUCAACUUUAACAGAGUAACCAAUUGGCUAAAGAUAAUUUCCUUGCUGGAUGGAUGACAUCAUCUUAUGGCACCGCCUCGCAGGAGUGGUUAUGCAAAUAUAAUACACUUUCUUCUAGACAGCCUUCACUUAGCUGAGCAGCAACUAAACACCAGCGCUGUGGCCAUCAGAGGGAGUAGAGAUUCUUCAAUUCUGACCCCCUCUGCACUUAAGCAGUAGUUUCGGUCCUGGAAAACUAUUUGCGUGAACCAUAUUGUUUUGCAUGUAUUUCCUAUUGUAGUGCGUGCUUUUAAGCGGUCUCUUGUUACAAAGAUAGAUACAAAGAUUACCGCGAGCAGUUUCGGAAAGUUAAGAGAUUCUGUCCGUCAGACGACUACGAUUACAUCUGGAUUUAACGUUGGCCUUUAUCAGUAUCAAUAAAAAUCUGAUCUGAGUUUGGAGGGAAUUCGAAAUCAUGUUGUGGAAGCUAGCAGAUAACGUGAAGUAUGAGGAAGACUGUGAGGAAAGACACGACAGCAGCAGCAAUGAAAAUGCCAGGCUUCCCCAUCUGCCUGCGGUCAGCCAGCACCUUUACAGCCCGGCGCCCUCCCUUUCACACUCCGGCAGCUCGGACUUCCAGCCCCCGUACUUCCCACCUCCUUACCAGCCCAUAUCAUACCCUCAGUCCACCGACCCGUACUCCCCCAUCGGCGACCCUUUCAGCAUCAACUCCAUACAUCAGCCUACAUUGACCAGCCAGCAGCAGUCCUGGCCCGGCCGACACGGCCAGGAUGGUCUCGGACCGCACAGUCGCAGCGGCCUGGCCGGUCAGAUACUUGGAUUGGAUGGCGCCUCGGCCGUCGGCAGGAGGGAAGGGUUCCGCAGACCGGAGCUGCUCCCUCCGCAUACGCACGGCAUUGAUUCCUCGGUCAUCGGUGAUAAUAUAGGAUUGCAUGACAUGAGUCACGGAUUGAACGAUGGUCAGCAUGUCGAUGAUCACAGUAUUAUCAUGACAGACCAGACAGUUAUUAAAAAAGCUACAGGUUCUGUGUCGCUUUCCAAGGGUAGCGCCCUGGCCCUGCCCUAUCAGAAGGAGUCGCUUCUGGGCAUGGUGUCCAACCCAACCGAGGUCUUCUGCUCAGUGCCUGGACGCCUCUCCUUGCUCAGCUCCACAUCCAAGUACAAGGUGACGGUGGCUGAAGUUCAGCGGAGACUGUCUCCCCCGGAGUGCCUCAACGCCUCACUUCUGGGGGGCGUCCUGCGCAGAGCAAAGUCUAAAAAUGGAGGUCGGUCCUUGAGAGAGAAGCUGGACAAGAUCGGAUUGAACUUGCCUGCAGGACGGCGAAAGGCUGCCAAUGUCACACUGCUUACAGCGCUGGUGGAGGGCGAGGCUGUGCACCUAGCCAGGGACUUUGGCUAUGUGUGCGAAACUGAGUUUCCUGCGAAGGCCAUCGCAGAGUACCUGAGCCGACCACAUGUGGAACGCAAUGACAUCAGCUCCAGGAAAAAUAUGCUUCUAGCCGCAAAGCAAAUCUGCAAGGAGUUCACGGACCUCCUGACCCAGGAUCGCUCACCGCUGGGGAACUCGAGACCCGCGCCCAUCCUCGAGCCCGGUAUCCAAGGCUGCCUGACCCACUUCAGCCUCAUCACACAUGGCUUCGGAAGCCCAGCCAUUUGUGCCGCCAUGACUUCCCUGCAGAACUACCUGAAUGAGGCGCUGAAGCAGGUGGACAAGAUGUACCUGAGCUCCGGCAAUGAUGCCCAAGGCUCCUCCGAAGGCAACAAGGCUUCCGACAAAAUGGAAAAACACCGGAAAUGAGUCCCCGGUGAUGCCCAGCCACCACCCUCUGCUCCACAUGCGAGGAUACGUUCGCUUUUUCCUCGCUAUCACUGUUAAUGAGUCCCCAUCUUUUCCGGUUUCCUUCAGCGCUCCUCUGACAUCGUCAGUGUUUCCGUUUUGUUGGUGUUUGGCCUGAGGAUAGUGGAGCUGUGAGAGCAAGCACUGAUUAUACUGCUCAACCCUGGGAGAAGAUCUGUGUCUGUCCUCCACCUUCUUGUAGGAGAGAUGAGACUUCUCAGGGGACAGGGGACUUAGUCCUAAGGAAUCCACCGAAAAGCCCUUCCGUGAUCAUUUUUUUUAAUCCACUCCCUCAGAAAAAUUCAUUUUUCCUACAUCGGACUACUGUGGACAGUUAUCCUUUGCCUAGGGAGAAAAAGAAACAUGUUUGUAUUAAAUUUUUCAUUUUUUUUUGUUGUUGUUUGUUUUUAAAGAGAAAAAUCUACAGUGUUAUUGUAUUUUGUCUCUGGAAAUACAAUAAUUAGAUGUGUGUACUUGUGUGCAUGCAUGUGGAUGUGUGUUAAGGAACUAAAAACAGCUGACUGCACGGCGCUGUAGUGAACCGAGGCCCCUAAUGUUAAUUUAAAAGUGCAGUCAUGCACGUCGGGGAAUGGAAAUGUCACUGUUGGAUUCUCUGGUGGUCAACUCCGAGAUGCUAGUUGAUUGGAACUCCUGGAAGACAACACCUAAAAAAAAUCUCUCAUGAAAAUGGCAUCUUGGUUUUUACAUAUAUUCCUAUUAUAAUAAUAUAAUCGCCUUCCCUAUUCAUACAGUUUGUGUGAAUAUGUUAUGCGUAUGUUAUUUGCGGUUUUUUUUUUUUUUUUAAUUCCAGUUUAAAAGAUAUCUGGAUGGUGAAGAAAGAAGUACUCCAUUUCCCCAUGGUACUUUGGGAGUUCUUUUUUAAUUAAAUGUGUGUAAACUGAAUUUUCUCUUGUCUUUGUAAAUACAUUUUUUUUUAUUUAUGUUGUAAUUUAACGGGAUUUGUAAAUAAUGGUAAAAUACUGGUGUUCUGCUUACCCUUCUUGAAAAAUUUUAUAAAUGGGUUAGCUUUUUAUAUAGAAGCUAGGCUAUGGGAUUGAUGUACUUUUUAGAUUUGUGCAAAGCUAUUUUAAGACUAAAAAUAAUAAAAAAAAAGUUUAUCAGGCUAUUUAAAAGUGUUUGAUAUUUUUAUCUGAUUUUAAUUUUCCUUCCUCCAGUAUCUAAUGUAAUGUGAAACAAUCUUUUUCACAUACUAAUCUGCCACGUUUUCAUUCAGUGGUGCAUGUCUUGAAAAGCUGUGGGUGAUUCAUGUGUGUAAUGUGAGCAUUUUUUAAAAUAAAUGUCAAAAAAGGAACUAA